AUGCAAUCUUCAGCACCCUUGAUUGCCUCUGGAAACAUUCAGGCACGGGACGAGGAGUUUUCGGUCGAUCUUCAAACCAUUGAGACAGAAUCCGCAGCUGCCGCCCACCAGAUCGUUACCGAGUACUUACUAGAACGAUGUAACGUGUUCAAAGAGCUUUCAGAAAUAAGGCGAAGAGUAUGUGCAUCCGUUACCGAUUUAUCCUUUGGGCUCCAAGACAAUGUACUUAUGUGCGGUCACCCCAUACAGGGAUGGGAAAACCCUGAAGGAGAUGAAUACUGGGAGAAAAGACGUCAUACUGCAGACAAUCCAAGUCCAAGAACCCAACAAAUUUUCUUCGAAAUGACGAAACGUAUAGGGGCCGAAAUGCAGGGCUCGACUAAGGCAUUCACCCUCCAGUUGCCGGCAUCUACCAACCCCGGGAUUCUGGACAUGGGAUCUGCCCCAGGCGGGUUCCUCACUGCAGCAAUGAAAGCAAACCCCCGUUCAGAUGUCGUAGCUCUAACUCUGCCGCCUUCGAGUGGGGGCUACGAAAUUCUUGCUCCCGAGCAUCUGAGACUGUCCGUGAAGUUGGUGGAUGUGACAAUGAUGGCGGCAGACUUAGGGGUUCUAGACAUUCCGGCAGAACAUCCGGAUGCACUCCAGUUUCACCCAAAGCAGCUGAAAGAUGGACAGAAAUUCGGGCUUGUGAUUUGUGGCGGCAGUACAGUCCGAAAUCAUAAGGUAGCAACGUAUCGCCAGGGGCGUGAAAGCUGCCGGCUCAUAAUGGCUCAAGUUGUUCUUGGCUUGGAGCGCCUGGUCCCCGGGGGAACGAUGAUUCUGCUCCUCCACAAGCCAGAGGCGUGGCCGACAGUUAAGAUCCUAUACACUUUCAGCAAGUUCGCCUCCGUGAAGCUUUUCAAGCCAAAAUCAGCACAUGGGGCGCGCUCGUCGUUCUACAUGGUUGCAACCAAUAUUCAAAUCCAGCAGGAAGGCGCUAUGAUUGCUCUGGCUAAAUGGAAGAAGAUAUGGCAUGAGUGUACAUUUGGGACGGAAGAACAGUAUCGAGAAGCCUUCCGCGAGGACCAGCUGGACGUCCAUCAAGUGUUGGCGGAAUUUGGACCGGAACUCAUCCGGAUGAGCAAGCGAGUUUGGUCCAUUCAAAAGUCCAAUCUAUCUAAAGCGCCUUUCAUUCGAGGUACCCAAGGUAGACAAGCUUUGAAAUAG